AAGUUUUCGGAAAAGUUGAGAGUAAACGUUUGUUAUAUGUUAUUAUAAUAUAAGCGAAGUAGUUAAGUGGUUGGUUUAGAAAACUAAGGCAGAAGAUGGUACCAUUGAGGUAACUUACAGAUCAUCGCCGUGGGUCGUCCGACGUCACGCCAUUGUCUCUUAAUCCAGCGAGCCAAUUUCGUCCCACCAUUGCAUUCCCAAGACCAUCGUCUUCGAGAGCAUACAAAUCCGGUUCGUCCGCGGCCCACUCGCGUACCCUCUCCGGAGCCGGUCAGUGUGCCUCCGCUGUGUCAAGUGCGCGCUAAAAUUCCGCUCCAUCGCCUCGCCGGAAAAGCAAUGUUUUUGCCGAUGUCGCGGAAAUGCUAUCCGUGAUUUCUCGCAGUUUCCACGCUUAAAAUGCCCCGACAACAUCCAGCACGACCCAGUGAUAAGCGACCUCUGCGCGCUGAUAAGCACUCCACUUUGACCCGGCGCAGAUAAGCGAAGAAAUGGACUUUUAGGAAAUGGACUAACAAUCGGCCGGUGGUGUCGCGACAAAACGCCGUAAAAAUGUUGACUAUGUACAUAGUGUUUGCGUGGCUUAUGGGGAUUUGCUACGGUUUUGUGUUGAUCUCGUCGGCGGCGGGCCAAAACGACGUCAAUUUGUUCCAAGUGGGUGAAGUUGUGGUGUACCAGUUGCAUUCGACGGUGCUGCUGGACGAAAACAGCGACGAUGGGAAGAACGUGGGGUUCUUCAUCUCGGGGAACGUGCUGGUGCACUCGGUGUGGGGGAGCGGCGACGACAGGAUACUCAAACUGGAGUUGAGAGCACCACAGCUCUUCAUCCGCUCCAGGAAAGCCCCAUCUCCUGAUGGCUUCAUCCAGCACUCGUCGAAGCUGGAGAGCUUUUCCUUGAAGCCGUUCUACGUGGCCUGGAGAGGAGGAAGAAUCGAGAAAAUUCUUCUGCCGAAAGGGGAUCCGAAGGCUCUGGUGAACCUGAAGAAGGGGAUCGCGAGUUUGUUCCAGUUCCAACUUCUGGAUGGAGAAACGAACGAAACCGAUUCCUCCGGCUUCUGCAAAACCACCUACCACACGAUCGAUCCAACCAAAUUCCAGAAAACCAAAACGAGAUGUCUUUCCCCGGAUCUACCGUUCGUGCGAACCCCCGACUCACUUCUGGACGUCAUCGUGUCAUCAACGCGCCAAACCACCUACGAACUAGACCCACAACUCACCCACUUCCAGACCAUAUAUGGAAAAGAAACCCAUCGGAUGAUACCGUCGGUCAAAGAAGACAUCGGGAGCAUGGUGCACGCCGACCAAAUCCUCAACUUCGUCAAAAAGGAAAAAACGGACACUUUGAGAGGACCGAGUCUUGAGGAAGUCCUCGAGUUGGUGAUGAACGGGCACGAAGAAGACACUUUGUUGACGGAAAAAGAGGAUAUCGGUGGCGAAGAGAGGAAAACCUUCCCGAAUAUAGUCAACGAAUUGAGGGACAAUCUAGCUGAGAAAAAUUUAGGGAGUUUGGUGUCUGCGAAAGCGUUUUUGAAGAUUUUGGAGGUGGCACGGAAGGCUUCCAAAGAAGAGGUUUCGAAAGUUUUGGGGUCCAAGAAGAACCAGAAGAUUCUGCCUCAGAUUUAUGAUAUUUUGGGCUACGUUCAAACCCCCGAAACUCACAAGAUUGUAAUGAAGAAAGUCCACUUUGACCGCGAGGACCACCUAGACUUGAGUGAACGCUACUUAUGGGCGCUGUCAAUGUCGACUCAUCCAAAUCCAGAAAUUGUCAAGGAUCUGCUCAACCGCUACCGAAAGAAUGACAAUUUUCCUGAAAAAGUCAAAGAGACUCUUAUUUUGACGAUUGCAGCCAUGGCCCGUGGUACACAACAGCGCAAAAUAAUCGGAUCCGCGCAAGAAGUAAUAGUCAACAACCUAAACUACGCAAAAGGGGAAAGCCGCUACGCCUUCCUUCGGGCCUUAAAAAAUCUCAAAAGCCCUACCACAGUACCCCUGCUCUUACAAACAAUCAAAGACGGAAGUUUCAAAGAGGGAGUCCUUGCUUUCAAAGCCCUUCGAUCAAUGGACCCGUCUCUAUGGGACGCCGAAGUACUCAAAACCGCUCGACGCACCUUCUUGCAACUAGACAAGAAGUACGACAGCAGUUCCCGGACCCAAGCUAUCGAUAUCCUUCUAGAAUCCCAGCCGUCGAACAACGUCCUCCAAGACAUGCUCCACUACCUCAAAGUAAACGAUUCGAGUGUCGAAGUCAAACAGUACGUCAUGCAGCGCCUGCAGAUGUUGGCAGACGAAGACCCUUCCUUUAGUUCUCGACUCGCCGACCUCAUCAAAAGCGACCCCACAAUCAACAACUACGAGAUUCUGUCACCCAAGGGUUUAUCCACAGCGUUGAAACGCAGCUUCCUGCGGAACCCAUCGGCGAACGGGAGUCUGGUAACCAUCCAGGAAAUCUUCGCUGGGAUUGUCAAAAGAGGGAUCGUCAACGUGGUAUUGAAUAAAAACGGCGCGACCAAAGAGAUGUUUAGUUUAGGGAUCUUCGCUGGAGGGUUGAGUAGUUUCAUGGGUGGUGAAGUGGAAGGUGACGAGGAAACGGCAACGGCUGGGAUGGAACUUACCAUUUUGGACACCCAAAUUCGCCCGUUUGUGUUUUUCACGGGACAGGGUGAAUUGAUGGGUCACGUAUGGUCGGGUACUGCUUCCGAGCGUACCACGGCGUUCCAGGCGCUGGUUUUGCUUCAGGACCAUUUGGAAUAUGUGAGGUUAGGGCCUGGGUUCAUCGCUGAGUUUAAUCUAAAAGGGGGAGCGUCGUUCGACUUGUCGGGGAACAUAGAGAUUUCGAUUUGGAGUCGUACCGCGGAUUCGGUGGUGGAAAAAUCGGCUGGGAUUGUUACCAAUGGGUUGAUCGCCAUAGACACGGCUUUCGUGAGGUCCCAGGUGGAAUUUAGUGCGUCCGUCGAGCCAAGGUUGAACCUCAAAUCCGACAUAGACUUUUCCGGGAAUAUGAAUCUGUGUAUGAGAGUGACAACCCCGGACUCUACCUUCAGACACAACAUCUUCAAAAUCGAGCGCAUCCCCGGCAGUAAACACAAGAUGCGCAUCGCCAAGUACAAGAAAACCCCCAUUCCGGGUACUACGUACUCCCUCAACCGCAAAAACAAUGAAAUGUGUAGUGCUAUGUUUAAUUAAUUUGUGCUGUGUGAAGACUGGUGCUCAAUUAAAACUUAGGUUACUGUA